AUGUUUUGAUCAACAACAUAUUUAAUUUAGACGACGGUGUUUGAUGUGAGUGAUAGAUACAAAAAAAUGGUGGUUUAUUUGCUUCAGAUUGACAAAAUCCAUACAUUUUGAUUGUUUUGUUUGAGAAGUUUUUUUUAGGUUGGGGAUGGAUGGAUUUUAUUUUGAAUGAGCACUUUCUCAUUUGAAAAAAAAUAUUUAAAAAAUACGGAGCGGUAAGAAAGUCGACAGAAAUAUGUAUUGGACGUGGCUGUGGGCCAGUUGUUUGCCUGCAACCUCAGCAGCGCUCUGUGGUGACGUCCCAGAAGUUUAAAGUGGGCCGCGCUCUGCUCAGCGGGAGGAGAGGAGACGUACUGCCGAGAAGGGAGGGAUGCUUCUCAUCUCUUCGCUGUUACACACAUACUUGUCUCUGAAUUGACUUCGGUACAUUUCCUUUUGUUUCCCCCCGCUCUACACUAAAUCUUCUCGAAAGUCCAUAUACAACAUUCUUCUCUCUUUUUUUUCUGCCUUGAAAAGCGUAUUAUUUAUGUUGUCUGUUGCCUUGUAGUCCGAUCGCCUAACGUUACCGAGAACGAACCUUUCUGGCUAUUAACAGUUACUUUCAAGUCGUCGAUAAGAAUCUCACGUCUUCUAACGGCCCAAGACCCAUCACCUCUCCCUGUCUUGAUCAGAGGAGUAGAACAUCGGGAACACCAGCUCAUCUGUCGCGUGUCCCUGCCAACAGUCUCCCUGCAGCAACGUUUUCUCCACCACCCCGAGAGGAAACAGGAAACAGGAAACAUCCAGGGACAACGGUCACCACCACCGGUGAGUUAAGGUGUGCCCUCAAGAUGGGGAAUAUGCCUCUGGCCCUAACCUUAACCCUGGUCUUGUUGGCUGUCCUGCUGUUCACUACACCCAGUGUCUGGAGCCUGAACCCAGACGAUCCUAACGUCUGCAGUCACUGGGAGAGUUAUGCUGUGACGGUCCAGGAGUCCUACGCCCACCCCUUUGACCAGGUGUACUACACCAGGUGUACUGACAUCCUCAACUGGUUCAAAUGUACCAGACACAGGAUCAGCUAUAAGACGGCUUACCGACGGGGAGUCCGGACCAUGUACCGUCGCCGCUCACAGUGUUGCCCGGGUUACUUUGAGAGGGGAGACAUGUGUGUCCCUCUCUGCUCUGAGGAGUGUACACAUGGAAGAUGUGUGUCACCUGAUACGUGCCAGUGUGAGCCAGGCUGGGGAGGACUGGACUGCUCUAGUGGUUGUCAGAGUGACUUCUGGGGCCCCCACUGCAGUAACCGGUGCCAGUGUCAAAACGGGGGCAAGUGUAACCCAAUCACGGGGGCGUGUGUGUGUACGGAUGGGUACCAGGGUUGGCGCUGCGAAGAGCCCUGUGAACCCGGGUACUAUGGCAAGGCCUGCCAUCUCACCUGCCAGUGUCUCAACGGAGCCACUUGUCAUCAUCAGACUGGAGCGUGCUUCUGUUCCCUGGGAUACUCUGGAGCUUUCUGUGGAGAGCGGUGUCCCAGUGGUAGUCAUGGACAACAGUGUGAGCAGAGUUGUUCCUGUCAGAACGGAGGAUCCUGUCAUCACGUCAGUGGAGAGUGUUCCUGUACCGCGGGAUGGACGGGCUCAGUGUGUGCCCAGCCGUGCCAAGUGGGCAAGUAUGGCAUCAACUGCAGCAAGGACUGUUCCUGCCUUAACGGUGGACUGUGUGACAAUAUCGCUGGUCAGUGCCAGUGUACCCCAGGCUACAGUGGACGGAGAUGCCAGGAGGAGUGCCCGGUGGGGUGGUACGGUCCUCAGUGCAGCAUGCGUUGUGACUGUCAGAACGGUGCUAAGUGUUACCAUAUCAACGGGGCAUGUCUCUGUGACACAGGCUUUAAAGGACCUCAGUGUCAGGAGAGGUUCUGUCCCCCAGGCCUGUACGGACUUAUCUGUGACAAGUACUGCCCCUGUAACGCCUCCAACACUGUCAGCUGUCACCCCCUGUCAGGUGAGUGCACCUGUACAGCGGGAUGGGCGGGGCUCUACUGCAACGAGACCUGUCCACCUGGUUACCACGGCGACGGAUGCACGUUGCCAUGCAGCUGUUCCCACGGGACCGACUGUCACGGAGUCACUGGGGCCUGCGUCUGUGCCCCUGGUUACAUGGGUGAUGACUGUUCUUCUCUGUGUCCUCCUGGGCUAUACGGUCCUAGUUGCUCCUCUACCUGCUCCUGUCAUAACCACGCCUCCUGCUCCCCCAUCGAUGGAUCCUGUAGCUGCAGAGAAGGUUGGCAGGGAGUGGACUGCUCCACUCUAUGCUCCAGUGGUAGCUGGGGUCUGGGCUGUAAUCAGAGCUGUCUGUGUGCCAAUGGCGCAGCCUGUGACCCCAUGGAUGGUGUCUGUACCUGCUCCCCAGGCUGGAGAGGGGAGCACUGCCUGCUACCCUGUCCUGAUGGAAUGUACGGUCUGGAGUGUCGUGGGCGUUGUGACUGUAGUCAUGGCGAUGGCUGUGACCACGUCACCGGCUUCUGUCGCUGCCUCGCUGGAUGGACAGGUAUCCAGUGUGACAGUGUGUGUCCUCAGGGGUUGUGGGGUCCAAACUGCUCGGUCACCUGCUCCUGUCAGAAUAGAGGGUCCUGCUCACCUGAGGAUGGUACCUGUGUCUGUUCCCCGGGGUACAGAGGGACCUCCUGCAAGAGAAUCUGUUCUCCUGGGUUCUACGGGCACCGCUGUAGCCAGUCAUGUCCACAGUGUGUCCACAGCUCUGGCUCGUGCCAUCAUGUGACUGGUCACUGUGACUGUCUGUCCGGCUUCUAUGGCUCCCUGUGCAACCAAGGCAAGUAACUCUCCUCUCUUCCUGUCCCUUCUCUCUGUAACCAAGGCAAGUAGUCCUCCUCUCUUCCUGUCCCUUCUCUCUGUAACCAAGGCAAGUAACCCUCCUCUCUUCCUGUCCCUUCUCUCUGUAACCAAGGCAAGUAACCCUCCUCUCUUCCUGUCCCUUCUCUAUGUAACCAAGGCAAGUAACCCUCCUCUCUUCCUGUCCCUUCUCUCUGUAACCAAGGCAAGUAACCCUCCUCUCUUCCUGUCCCUUCUCUCUGUAACCAAGGCAAGUAACCCCCCUCUCUUCCUGUCCCUUCUCUCUGUAACCAAGGCAAGUAACACUCCUCUCUUCCUGUCCCUUCUCUCUGUAACCAAGGCAAGUAGUCCUCCUCUCUUCCUCUCCCUCUCUCUUCCUCCCUCUCCCUCCCUCACUCCCGCUCUCUCUCUCCCUCCCUCCUUCCAGUCUCUGCCCUAGUUACAGUGAUGUCUUCUCUGUCUCUGUGAGGCAGGGAAAACUAAAAGAACGGAGAGCGGUCUCUUUUCUCAGAACGGAGAACGGUCUCUUCUCUCAGAACGGAGAACGGUCUCUUCUCUCAGAACGGAGAACGGUCUCUUCUCUCAGAACG